UGUAUAAACUAAACAGCUUCCUCACAAAUCUCCAAACUCACACUUCCUCGAACAAGCACGCGGACUCCGCCACCAACCAGUGAGCAAAAGAAUGCAGAGCCUGCAAGCCAAGGCCGCCGAGUGGAGCGGCGUCGACUCGGCCGACGCGUUCGCCAUCGACGAGACAAACCUGUUUCAGAAACUCGGCCUCCAGGCCUUCAUCAACCUCUCCACCAAUUUCUACACCAGGGUGUACGAUGACGAACAGGAGUGGUUCCGGUCGAUUUUCGCCAAUUCGAAGAAGGAAGACGCCAUUCAGAACCAGUACGAGUUUUUCGUGCAGAGAAUGGGAGGCCCAAAUCUCUUCUCACAGAGAAGAGGCCAUCCUGCUCUGAUUGCACGCCACCGUCCAUUUCCCGUCACGCACGAAGCUGCGGAGAGGUGGCUGCAUCAUAUGCAGCAAGCACUGGACACCACUCCAGACAUUGAUGCAGAGUCCAAGGUCAAAAUGAUGAACUUUUUCAGGCACACUGCGUUCUUCCUUGUGGCCGGAGACGAGUUGAAGAAGAGACAGAAUCCGGCACAAUAACCUCUUAGUAAGCAUCGCCAGCAGCAACCGCCGCGCGUGCCAAAGAUUUUAGACAGAAAAUUAAUCUCCAUAUUCAGAGCUCAAUUGUGUUGUGUUGUGAAGACGUAGGAGAAACAAGAUUGUAUUACUUGUCAAACCCUCUUCAUUUUUGUGCUUAAAUGAGCACAACUUGAUACAUUAUUAGCCACUUAUGAAUAUUUAUGAAGAAAUAAUACAUUUCGUACCCUAAAGUUGAAACA